ACUGUCCCCGGCCUGCGCCCCCAAACCGCAGCCGACCCCGCCCGCUCCAGUUCCUGGGACGCAACCCUCGCCGAUCCCCAGCACUCGCGCUUCCUCCGCCGACAGCGCGUCUCCCAGGUCGCCGGAGUCCGUCCGUCCGUGCGUCCUUCGCGUCGGCUCGCGGGUGCCAUGCCAUUCCUAGGCCAGGACUGGCGGUCCCCGGGGCAGAGCUGGGUGAAGACGGCCGACGGCUGGAAACGCUUCCUGGAUGAGAAGAGCGGCAACUUCGUGAAUGACCUCAGCAGUUACUGCAGCAGCAAGGAGGUCUACUACAAGGAGAAUCUUUUCAACAGCCUGAACUACGAUGUUGCAGCCAAGAAGAGAAAGAAGGACGUACUGAACAGCAAAGCCAAAACUCAGUAUUUCCACCAAGAAAAGUGGAUCUACGUUCACAAAGGAAGUACUAAAGAGCGCCAUGGAUAUUGUACUCUGGGGGAAGCCUUCAACAGACUGGACUUCUCAACGGCUAUCCUGGAUUCCAGGAGAUUCAACUACGUCGUGCGGCUGUUAGAACUGAUAGCAAAGUCACAGCUCACAUCCCUGAGUGGCAUCGCCCAAAAGAACUUCAUGAACAUUUUGGAAAAAGUGGUACUGAAAGUCCUUGAAGACCAGCAGAACAUCAGGCUCAUCCGAGAGCUGCUGCAGACUCUCUACACAUCCUUGUGUACGCUGGUCCAACGAGUCGGCAAGUCUGUGCUGGUCGGGAACAUUAACAUGUGGGUGUACCGGAUGGAGACCAUCCUCCACUGGCAGCAGCAGCUGAACAACAUCCAGAUCACAAAGCCCGCCUUCAAAGGCCUCACCUUCACCGACCUACCCCUGUGUCUGCAACUGAACAUCAUGCAGAGGCUGAGUGAUGGCCGGGACCUGGUCAGCCUGGGCCAGGCGGCACCCGACCUGCAUACUCUCAGCGAGGACCGGCUGCUGUGGAAAAGGCUCUGCCAGUACCACUUCACUGAGCGGCAGAUCCGCAAGCGGUUAAUUCUGUCGGACAAAGGGCAGCUGGAUUGGAAGAAGAUGUAUUUCAAGCUCAUCCGGUGUUACCCAAGGAAAGAGCAGUAUGGAGACACCCUCCGGCUUUGCAGGCACUGCCACAUCCUUUCCUGGAAGGGCACUGACCACCCGUGCACGGCCAAUAACCCCGAGAGCUGCUCCGUCUCCCUUUCGCCCCAGGACUUCAUCAACCUGUUCAAGUUCUGACUCCCAGCGCAAGACAGCACAUCAGAACCACCCCUUGCUGACGAGCCCGUCAUGGGGAUAUGGAGGCUGGAUGCUUCAUCUGUAAAUAGUGUACCUUUUUACAAACAAAAUCCCCUUGCCCACUGAGUUAAAUUCCGACUCAUCACAGCCCUCCGAGAUGGGGGUAGGGCUGCCCUGCCAGCUUCCCACGGACGGGAACAGGCUGCCUCCUGUUUGCCGGAGGAGCCGCUGGUGGGUGUAAACCACCCAACAACCUUCUGGCUGGUCGCCGGGUGCUUUGACCUCUGUGCCACCAGGGUACAUUGAGAGAAGGCUGAUGGCAGGACACUGGAGGACGAGCCAUGGUUGUUGACCAGGAAAUUGAGUAUAUGAACUUCUCCAGUAGACUUGGUUUGGAGAAGCAGCCCUCCUGUCCUUACUACCCCCCACACUCCCCUAAUGAUUGGCCAGCCAGAGUCUCCGGGCAGGCACUUAUUCCAGUGGGGAAAACGGAAUUCCCGGUGUGCUCCAUGGGUCUCCUCUACAGCGCCCUCGAGCUGUGGGGGCAGUUCCGCAGGACUCCUCGUUUACAAUGUGAAUACUGGUGUAUAUGUGUAUAUGUAUAAAAGAACAACUGCCGAAAUUCCUGGGCUGGGAGCAGGGGCUGGGGGGCUCUGUGUUCAUUCUGGAAGGCAAAGGCAGCGAGACCCCGUUGUGAGCCUGUCCGGCAUUGAGGGUCUUUUCUGGCAGAGACACCACACAGUCGUCUACCUCGGAAAAUUCGAAGCGCUCUUCCCGACAGUAGUGUGGCCUUGUCCUUGGUAGGACAGCGUGACCUUGUCCGGUGUCUGUUGUGCUUGUAGAUUUUUCACCACUGUGCAGAGGGGUGUCACGUGGGAGGGAGAUGCUUGUUCCAGACUUCCCUGUCCAGGGAGCAGGACCCUCUGGGGAGUUGGUUCUUGCCUAGAACAGCGCAUGCCUCUUCCCCUUUCCUGUUCUGUGCAAUGGGAGGGCAGUCUCUGAGGAAGGCCUGCCGCCGAAAAGAGAGAAUCCGUCAGCCCGAAGCUGUGAAGAUUCCCUUGUUCCUGUUUAGCCUUCUGGCUGGUCUGAGCAUCCUGGGUCUCUUCCUGGGUCGCUGCAUCUCAGCCGAUGAAGGCCCGUGAGGCUGGUUCAUCCCACCAGCCCCUUCCCAGCUGUGACCAGCUACUGUUUCCCAUGGCAAAGCUGCGAAAUUCCCUCCUCUUCACACCCAACAUCACUGUUUCCUCCAGCGAGAUUGGGACAGAAGGCGCCGGCGUUCAUCGGCAGCUCCUCGGAGGGCCUUGCAGUGACAAUAAGCCCCAGGUGGUCUUGGGAGGCAAAGGAUGAAAAUCCCAGGACUUCAUGAGUCCAUUUGGCAAAUACUCCGGAGAGAUGGGGAUAAGGUUUUUUUUGUGUGCAUGUCUCACUUUUUAUAGAACAUUGCUUUUCUACAACAUUGUACAUAUUUUUGCAGUUGUAUUUUUUCCUGUCCCUUUUAUUUUGAGGGAGAAGGGGCAACAACAAAAAAGUUGCAGAAAUAAGAACUCGAGGAUCAAGUGUUUCUUUGGGGCUUGAGCCUUGAGUUAGAAUGAUGAGGGAGAGGGGGAAGAAGGUUAAGUGUGUACUGAAACCAAGCCAGGAGUGCAGUAGUCUCCCCACACUCGCCCUCUCCUUCCCCUCAGUAGGGCACAGCCCAAGUGCCAGACUUCAGCAGGGACGUGAGCCUCAACUCUGGUCCCCGUAAGAAGAAAGCAGAAAUGGAAAUUAAAUUCCCCCUAAGGGAGAUCCAUUCAGUGGGAGAGAUUUGGUCAGGCCGGGUCAACUUUGUUCAGAGGGUCACAAACCAUCAUCCGACCAUCGGGGGCUUCGAAGGCUGUGACCUUCAGAAAUAGAUCCCCAAGCCUGUCUUUUAAGAUGCUUCUGGGUCCACUGGAAGCCCCACCUUUUCCGUUGGUGGCUGGAUGCGUAUCCUUUUGGCACCACUCAAGGGUCAUGGUUUUCUAAAACGUUGAUGGAAGAGGGCAUAGCUGCUUUGGCGUCAUUAGAGGUGGUAGCGGACAGAGAGUUAAGGGGAAAAAGAAGACAUGAACGUAUGUGGUCCUCUUUCAUUGGAAGAGGAGAAUAAAGAAGGAAAUGGCAGGUGGAGAGGGAGAGGGGACGGUGUAGAAAUGGCGCAUCUCUGAUGCUGUGGUCCCGGUGAGGACGAUGAGAAGGUCACCAGAGCAGAGUCUCUGAGCCAGCACCUCAGGGUGCCAGUACCUCAGCAUGGCCAGAGUCUCGCAUGUAUGGAAAGUGAGAUAAAAAGACAAAACCAUUGCUCCUUGGGCACAAGUAGUCUCUAGGAGUCUCUCCUGGCAAACCCGCCUGGGACAGCUUGACCCACAACACUCCCUGUCCAAGAACCGCUGGUCUCAAAGCCAACAGGGUCCUGAUGAGGAAACUGCUGGGAGAGAGAGAAUACUCUCUACUGCUCCACCUACCCCACCUCCACCCCAGACUUUAUAAACGAGGAUUUGAAACCGAUGCCAAACACGAAGUGAUUCAGACUUGCAGGGAAGGAAAGCAUUCUGCCCAGGGUGGGGUGGGCAGACCCACAGGGACUUUAUGACUUGGUCCAAGUCCAAGGAUCUGAGCAAUGAGCCUGAAGUCUCGUGAGAGUGAGGCAGCGUCCUCAAGGGCAAAGGAGACGGUGUGAGGUUAGGGAAGGCGCACUUGAUAGGAAGCUCUGGGAAGGAAAGCCCAUUUUUAAACAAGAUGGCACGGCGUGAGCGCUCAACAUUGUUCCUUUGGGCAGAUGAGUCAAAUGAAUAGGCAGGCGGAGGAAGCUAAUGAAACAACAAGGUGAAACAAAUGUAUACUUUUUUUUAAGUCCUGGAUUGCUCGGUUCUGAAAUGACGUUUUUUUGGUGGUGAUCAACUGGGUGACCAGAGUAGAUUCAGAGGGCCUGGGAUCAUACUGCAAAACUAAACACAAGAGCGGGCUGUCCUUGAGAUUAUGCGGUAAGGGGCUGGGUGUGUAUUGUGUUAUCGCCACAGCUCUUGUCUGGUGGGUUCGCAAGCUCUUGCUGUUAACAGGGAUUCCUCAUGGCUAGUGUUUCUACCGAGGAGAAGAAAAGGAGCUUGGAAUUUCACUUGUCUAGCAAGCGGUGUGAUUUACGAGGGGGUCAAUGACUUCAAGAAAUGUUCGACAGUGUGCAACUCUUAGUGUUCAAUAGCUUGUUAUUAUUUGAUCUGCACCUGAGUUUAUAUUUUUCUGCUAGCCUGUAGGGCGGCCAUGUCUAGCUGUACAAACAUUCUCUUUUAUUUGUGGGUUGGUUUUGUUUCGCCCCCUCCAACUGUAAUUUAAGUGUGAUUUUUUUUUCUUAAACUAAACUAUAUCAUCAUUUUAUAUGUUGACAUUUCUUGCUUUUUAUCUACGUCCAAGUAUCUGAGUCUGUGAACCAUCCCUUCUGACUGGAUACUGGCCUAAAACUCUAUUAGUGUUUCAACAACGCUUGCAACCCUCUGAGCCUCCAGGAGAAAGUGGAGAUGCUGCCCUUGGAUCUAUCUGGGCCCUCGGUCCCUUUAAGCGCACUGCCUUCUGCCAGCCCUUUCUUCUCUGGUUAAGGGGAGAACUCGCGCUGUGGUUUUUCCCAGGAAAACACGGAGGAGAGGUGAGAAGUGGUGGAAUCUGCUGCCUUCCAGGAGGCAGGAAAGCAUUUAGAAUGUUCUGAGCACUUGUGGGGACGCAGGGAAACCGGAAGCCUCCUGAAGUCUCCCACCCACCCCUGCACCUAUUGGCAUAGUACAGAUGGGGGCUGGGAUGUGACUCAUCCUCAACACCACUCAACUCCUCCCUGACGCCCUCCAAGGGCUUAUAACUAACUGACAGAAUGAGUCUCUCCAGGGGGGACUGGGAUGGGAUUCUCCUCAAGACCCCCACUGUUUAGGGCACCCAGGUCUGUGUUGGGCACCGGGCCUCUAACUUUUCCAAAGAUGUUUAAGUCCUUUUUCUUACUGGGGAGGUAAAAAUCCCAGAGACACCAUGGAAGAAAGGUUUGGCACCUUACAGAGGCUCUUAACUUUUUUCCCCCCUUCGUUUCCCCCAACAGAACAGUGAUGCUGUGGUAAAGCACACAUUUUACUGGGUGCAACCUGUGGCCAUAAAGGAAGCUGUGUGUUUGGGUGAAUUAGCAUUUCCCUGUGCGCUUGUGUUUUAAUUACAAAGGGGAUUCUUACCCAGUUAAGGGCUGGGCAGCCCGCUUGGUUUCUAGAAAUAGGUUCUGAGAGUAAGUAGACAGGUAUGCCCUCUGCCCUCAGGCUAAACAGUCCACAGAGUCCCACUGUCUCCAUCUCCCCAUCCUCUGGAACCAGCCUUGAGGACCAAGGAGCUGGCGUGUCCGAGGACACUUGCUUGCCUCUGAACCUCGCCUUCCCUGAGCCUAGAGGAAUGAUUCCUUCCCCGAGGCCACGGACAAAGGACAGCUAUUCCUGAGAUCUGCUGGGCAUUUUUUUCAAAGGGCCCUAAACUCACUCAGCAAACAGUGCUUCCUGGGAAAACAGAAAAUCUCAAAUCGUCUGCCUUGAUCUAUUUGCUCCCCAACUGAGGACUGCACACAGACUAGGAACUCUCACUAAGCUCUUUCUGCUCCAGUGUUACUUCUGGAGUUUGAACAUGACUUUUUCUGCCGUUGUGUGUAAAUAAGUUUGUUUCGUUAACGAUGCACAAAUCUGUUCAGCAGAAGGCCCCCAGCAGUGCACGGCACGUGGGAACGCUAGACUUCAUCUUUAUCAGACAAAGUGCCGAUUGCCUGGCCAAAGGGGGAUAGAUGCACCUUACAGUCCACACCCUCAGCUUAGAAGCUUCAAUGUCCUUUUUUUUUAAUUAGAAAAUGUUAUAUGGAAGUGAACAUUGUAACGUAAACCAUAGUUAGACCAAUAACCUGCCAAGAUGUGUAUUUCCCAUUGUGUGAGCUGAAUCCUUCUGUAUAAAUUAUUUGCACACCUUUCUUGCAUGAGGAACUGAAUUUUUUUAAUAGCUGUUUGUACCAGACGGUGGCAUAUUUUUGUAAAAAAAUUUUUGACACUGAAAUCUUGCAAUAAACGUGUUUCUAACAAUA